AUAAUAGAUUUCACAAUCUUUCAACUUUUUCUUAUUUUCCGACUUCCCACUCCCAAAUGCCCCGAGACAUUUCCAACGAAGUCCGCAGCCCACUUGCCCAGAGACAUUUCCUUCCAACGAAGUCCGCUGCAGUUGCAUCUGAUUCAGAUUCUCCGUCUCUUUGUUUGUUGAUAAAUUUCUUUAUCGGCACCUUCCAACUAACAGAAUAAAUUCUGGGUUCCCAUUUCUUUCUUUUUCUGUCCAACCCAAUCUGAGAAGAGGAGUAGCUAGGGAUAUCACCUCCAACUCAUGGCCAAUCUCGGUCCCGAGUACCCGACGAACUCCCCGAUCCCGGUCGAUCUCUUCGUUUCCAAGAAACAUCGUGGCCUUUCCCGUGGCGAUCUCGGGUUCGCCGACGCCUCCGGUGGCAUCGUUUUCAGGGUCAACCGUACGUCUUACAAAUCCUCUGCUAAUAAGCUAGUACUCCUCGAUGCCACUGGAAAACCUCUGAUUUCGAUGCACCGUCACGAUGAUGAGUCGUGGGAAGGCUACAAGGGUGAGCAGAAGGACUUGAUAUUCAGAGUUAAAAGGGCUGAAACCGACUUGGAGGUGUUUCUUCUUGACUCGACCUCUGAACUGAAGGUCAAAGGCUGCCCUUCCAUGAAAUCCUGCACCAUCUAUAAAGGCAAUGACAUCUUGGCUCAGACUAGUCUCAUGUACAAGCUAUGGCAACUUUAUGUAAGAAAGGAUAAAUUUCGACUAACCAUAUUUCCUGGAUCUGUCGAUUAUGCUUUGGUUGCGGCGAUGAUUGUAAUAUUUAUUGAUCGAAGAAGACAUUAGAUCAAAGAAAAGACUCGUACAAUUUAAUGCUUUUAGGUGAUUCUUGUACCUGGGAGGAGUGAAAAAAGGAUCCUACACAUGCAUUCUGUUCGGGAACUAAUGUAUUGACAUUUGGUACUAUGAAUGUAA